AUGGAAGACCACCAGCUUUUGAAUCACAGCAACAGCGCACGUUUCUUCCAUUGGCGCUAUCGAGAGGCCGAGAAACUCUUAAACAACGGGAAUGAAGAAGAUGGCGACAAGGCAGAGGAAACAUGCAGAGAACUUCUGCUGGAAGCAACGCUUCCACUAUAUAUCCGCGCCCGAUGCCAUACUUUACUGGCUGUCUGCGAUGGAAACUAUCUUUACCACGCACGGAAAGCUCUCCACCUCUACCAAGAGUUUGCUGCUGAUGAACCGCACCUAAAAGUAUGGCAAGAGGCGAGCGAGGCAAUGAAGGAAAUUGUUCGAGUUGCGGAGGAAGACUGGGAGAAAGAACAUGGCACGAUCCCUCCUGACAGCACUGAAAUAGGAUCAGGCGCUGGGGCUGAAGCUCAAGCUGGCCUAUCUACGAGGAGCUUAGGCGAAUCGACGAAAGGGCCUCUUGCAAGCCUGCAGCGCACUACUCGUGUCGGCCGUCAAAAGACUGAUGAAACUGCUACAGCCAGUGCUUUCAGUAGCGGGGAUAUGGAGACCUCGCCAGCUUCAUCUCACGGGAUACAUGAAGCCGCCAGGAUGGAUUCAGAUGAGCAAAGUGGCACAGAGUAA